CUUCGUUUGCAGGUGCGAUUAUGGAGAUACCAAGGAUAUCCAGCUUGCCACCAGAUGAUACCUCUCUUAACAAAUAUGAUGACCUGCAACUGAAUGUGAGAGAUGAAAAGGCAGAAAUUGCUAGCCUGAAAUUACCAGCCGCUGAAACAAUAACUACCGAGCAUCAAAACGAUGAUCACAAACCAAAAAUUCUUUUUCAGUGUUCCGCCUGUUGCAUGAAAGAAGUGGUUCAUUAUUAUGGCAAAAAUCCACAGUUUGUUUAUGGUCUAAAACUUUUAGAAGACUCGUUUGUCAUGCGCGAUCCUUUUCAACCGACUCCAAUACGUUGGAAACCCAAAGCAGAGUAUUUUAUUGUUGUAGGCGCCAAGUGCUCGGUGUGCAAAAAUGUCGUUUGCAAAGAUGCAGAAUGUAGUUUUUAUUUUACACUUACUUAUUGCUUGUCUUGUGUAGAGAGUAACAUGAAUAAAUUCCCAAUAGAAGCUCAAGCUAAAUUACGAAAACAAUUAGCACGAAAAUAAAAAUACUUUUACUAAUAUA